ACUUGUCCUAUUUUGUCUAUACAAUUUUAGCGAAGCACCACGAAGCAAGUUUUCGAUUCGUCGCUUUUAUUUCCCGAAUAAUCAUUCAAAUGUUUUUUCUUCACCAAUUACUCAUGAUAAAUUGUUAACUUUAUCUUUAUUUGGCUUUUGUAGUUUUCUAUUGUGAUUUCAGAGACUGAACACAUUACAAAAUGGCUAGUGUAUCCUAUCAAAUUGCAAAUCUUCUAGAGAAGAUGACAUCGAACGACAAAGACUUCAGGUUCAUGGCUACUAACGAUUUGAUGACUGAAUUACAAAAAGACAGUAUAAAGCUUGACGAUGACUCGGAGAGAAAAGUAGUCAAAAUGCUCCUUCGCCUCCUGGAAGAUAAGAACGGUGAAGUGCAAAAUCUAGCUGUGAAAUGUCUCGGUCCUCUAGUGAAUAAAGUCAAAGAAUAUCAAGUGGAGGGUAUUGUGGACACACUGUGUGCAAACAUGCUCUCAGACACAGAACAACUAAGAGACAUCAGCAGCAUUGGCUUGAAAACUGUCAUAUCGGAACUACCAUUGGGCUCCAACACAUUGGCUGCUAAUGUGUGUAAGAAAAUAACUGGAAAACUCAGCAGUGCUAUUGAGAAGCAAGAAGAUGUUUCAGUUCAACUGGAGGCUUUGGACAUAUUGGCUGAUCUGUUAAGCAGAUUUGGAGGCUUGCUCAUAUCUUUUCACCCCAUGUUACUCAAUUCACUUCUGCCACAACUCGCUUCACCACGUCAGGCCGUCCGUAAACGCACCAUAGUUGCAUUGUCACAUCUGGUCAUGUCUUGCAAUGCGUCAUUGUACAACAAACUUAUUGAUCAUCUGCUGGAGGGGCUGAGUUCCUCCACAUCGUCCAGUGUCAGCCGCACUCAUAUACAGUGUAUUGCAUCUAUUUGUCGCCAAGCAGGUCAUAGAUUUGGAGAGCAGCUGUGGCGAGUUGCGCCACAGGUCCUAGAAUAUUCUACCGAUGCUGAUGAAGAACUCCGUGAGCAUUGCUUACAAGCUCUUGAAGCCUUUGUACUUAAGUGUCCCAAGGAAGUGCAACCCCAUAUCCCUACAAUUAUCGACCUCUGCCUGAAAAUGAUCACUUAUGAUCCUAACUACAACUAUGAGGAUGAAGAGGAAGAUGGUGGAGGUGAGGAUGAGGAGAUGGAAGAUGAAUCCUUCACUCCUGACGCUGAACCAGAGUCAGAUUCUGAAGAGUACUCUGAUGAUGAUGACAUGUCAUGGAAGGUGCGUCGUGCUGCAGCGAAGUGCUUAGAAUCAGUCAUCGCGACCCGUCACGAACUACUUGGUGAAAUGUACCAAACAGUCUCACCUGCUUUAAUUGCUAGAUUCAAAGAACGCGAAGAAAAUGUGAAGUGUGAUAUUCUGAGCGCGUACACGGCUUUGUUGAGGGCUACCCGUCCCCCACCGGCUUUGCAGAUUACUAUCGUGCCGACCGACAAUUCACCGCAAGCUUUGUUGUUGCAAAGGGUGUCGGGCGUGGUGCGCGGCGCGCUGCGCGUGAUCCGCGGGCGCAGCGUGCGCGCGCGGGGCUGCGCGCUGGCGCUGCUGCGCGAGCUGCUGGCGGCGGCGCCCGGCUGCCUCGUCGACCACGCCGCCCGCGUCAUCCGCGCUCUCACGCCGGCACUCACUGACAAAAGCACAGCAUCGUCCAUGAAGAUCGAGACACUAGUGUUCGUAGUGUGUCUAGUACGCGGCCACCCGUCGGCGACCAUGCGGCCACACGUGGCGGCACUGUUGCCGGCCGUGCUGUGCUGUGUGCACGACCCCUUCUACAAAGUCACUGCUGAAGCCCUGCGAGUACUCCAGACUCUUGUCAAAGUUAUGCGACCUUUAGAUCAGGUAGAACCACCAUCAGAGACAGAGGAGAUGCGUGUGGAGCCACCUCCGGAAGAACUCCAGAAGUUCAUCCCCGCGAUGUACGAGUGCACGUUAGUACGUCUGCGCGCCACCGACAUGGACCAGGAGGUCAAGGAGAGGGCCAUAGCAGCUUGCGGACAACUGCUAUGCCAUUUUGGUGAUUAUUUGCAACACGAGCUUCCCGUAUGUCUCCCAAUAUUCUUAGAGCGAUUGCGCAACGAAAUCACUCGCUUGACCACCGUGAAAGCUCUCACCAAAGUAGCUUCGUCACCUUUGAGGAUUGAUCUUACACCUAUUCUGUCGGAUGCUGUUCCGAUUCUCGGAUCAUUCUUGAGGAAAAACCAAAGAGCUUUGAAGUUGUCGACGCUAGUCCUUCUUGAUACUUUGGUGCAAAACUACAGCCACGCUAUUAGCAUAGAGCUGUUGAGCAAGGUGCUACAAGAGGUGCCGGCGCUGGUGUGCGAGGCGGACCUGCACUGCGCGCAGACGGCGCUGGCUUUAGUUCGCGGCGCCUGCAUCCGCUGCCCCGCCGCCCUGACACCCGAGGCGCGUCACGCUCUGACCCCGAACAUACUCGCGCUUGCUAAGUCGCCGCUGCUGCAAGGUGGUGCUCUCAAGGCGAUGCUAGGAGUACUGAGCGCGUUGGUAGCCGCCGACGUGGCGGGCUGCUCGCGCCGGGAGCUGCUGGCGCUUCUAGUAGCACCCGUGCACCGUCUGCACGACCACAGCGCCUCUGCGCAUCAUAUCAAACAGGCGUUCCACUCGCUCGCGAAGUGCGUGGCGGCAGUGGUGGUGGAGGGCGGGUCGGAUGCACUGGAAGUGGUGCGCGGGUUCCUGCGCGACGCCGCGCAGCCUACCUCCGACGCACAUCACAUGUUCGCUUUGUUAGCGCUCGCUGAGAUCGGAAGGCACUUAGACUUAAGCUCCAUACCUAACUUGAAAGAGGUCCUCCUGGCAUCAUUCACUCCGUCAUCGGAAGAAGUGAAGUCUGCCGCCAGCUACGCGCUCGGGUCAGUCGCUGUGGGCAACCUGCCCGAGUUCCUACCGUUCAUACUGGGAGAGAUCGAGGCACAGCCUAAACGGCAAUAUCUGUUGUUACACUCUUUGAGGGAGAUAAUCUCUUGCGAAUCGUGCACGCCCGAAGGUGUGGAAGCGUUGAGACCGUUUAUACCUGAAAUCUGGGUGCAGCUGUCUAAGCACUGUCAGUGCGCGGAAGAAGGAUCUCGCAAUGUUGUUGCCGAAUGCUUAGGAAAAUUAUGUUUACUAGAGCCUCAAGACUUAUUACCACACCUGAAGGAGUUCCUCAAGUCGCCCGAACCACUCACAAGGACGACUGCUGUCACUGCCGUCAAAUUUACGAUAUCAGAUCAGCCUCAAGCGAUCGACCCGCUGCUGCGCGGCUGCAUGUCGGAGCUGCUGGUGCCGCUGCGGGACCCGGAGCUGGGCGUGCGGCGCGUGGCGCUGGUGGCGUUCAACUCCGCCGCGCACAACAAGCCCUCGCUCAUCCGCGACCUGCUGCCGCACGUGCUGCCCACCAUCUACCAGGAGACCAAAGUCAAGAAAGAGCUAAUCAGAGAAGUAGAGAUGGGUCCGUUCAAGCACUCGGUAGACGAUGGUCUCGAUCUUCGCAAAGCAGCUUUCGAGUGUAUGUACACAUUACUGGGCACGUGCCUGGACCGGCUGGACGUGUUCGAGUUCCUGCGCCACGUGGAAGACGGCCUGCGUGACCACUACGACAUCAAGAUGCUCACCUACCUCAUGUGUGCUCGUUUAGCACAGUUGUGUCCCGCUGUUGUUUUACAGAGGCUAGAAAGUUUAGUGGAGCCAUUAAGAGCGACGUGCACGAUGAAGGUGAAGGCCAACUCAGUAAAGCAAGAGUACGAGAAACAGGACGAGCUCAAGCGGUCCGCGCUCAGAGCAGCCGCUGCUCUACUACAGAUACCCGAAGCAGAGAAGAACCCCCACUUGAUGGACUUCGUGACCCAGAUCAAGUCGUUCCCGGACCUGCAGCCUAUCUUCGAGUCCAUCCUGAAGGACUCCGUGGGCGGCGCGGGCGUGGACUCCAACCUCAUGGACCAGAGCUAGCCGCCCUCACACUUCGCACCAGUUCUCCCACAUUGCGACCAACACCACGAGGUUAUUUUAUUUUGGUCUAUUUUGUUGUUUCGUUUUUGUAAGAAUGCAUAUUAUUUUCAUUCAUGUCAAAUGUAAAAAUGAUUGAAAUUGAAUAGAAGUAGUUUAAUACUAUAUUUUAAUUUCGCUUUUCAUUGGACUCGAAUUAAAGAGAGUUUAAUUCAACAGCUUUAUUAUAAAGUUACAAAGUACAUAACUAAAACAUUAGCACUGCUAAUCGAAUUCUGGACGUUUAUGAGUACGCCAGAAUGCGAGUGUACGCUAUGCUCACAAGGAAACUAAGGACGUAAGGAAUUAGGUCUCGUCACGGUUCGCAUAACUAUAUUGUGACGGCGGAAAUCAGACAUGCAUAACUAUCGAUAUCCGGGCUAAAGUUCUUAAUCCGCUUUAACUAGUACUCAACAGUUCAAUAGAAUGGCUAGACUCAUAGAUUGGUAGUAUUCUAUCGAUAGUUAUACAGAAUAAUUUAUUUUAUUGAUAUGUAUUGUGAUAUUACAAGCUAUGUGGAAAAAUCAUAGGAAAAUGGAUAAAUACACUAUAAUGAAGCGAA